GCUGGGCCAGCUGAACAACCACGCCACACUCCUCCUCAGACAGGAAGCCAGGGAUCUCUGACAGGAAAAUGUCUGAGAUCUUCUCUGCGCCUCCCGGGAUGACCCCAGUUUUGGCGCCCCGUCUUCACGCCUCAUGUCCGGGGAGAUCUUUGCGAGUCCUUGCCCCCCUUCUUGUUCUCAUCCUCCUGCUUCCAGCUGUACCUGGCCGGGGCGUGAGGCUGGAGGCCAGGGCUGCGUCGAGCGUCAGACCCGGGUCUGAACCCAGACGCGCGGCCGGGUUGAGGAUCGUGGAAGCGGCGGAGGUCAGCCCUGAACAUGGAGCUGAGGCGGUGGGUGGCGUCCUGUCGGCGGACAGCAGCACCGGGCACUGGGAGCUCCGCACCUCCUCCCGCUGUGUGCCAGUCCCGCCAGGCAUGGCGCUUUGCCGGGACAUCGGCUACGCCACCAUGAGGAUGCCCAACUUGCUGGGCCAUGAGUCGCCAGGGGAAGCCGUCCAACAGAGUGCCAGCUGGUUGCCCCUGCUCGCCAGGGAGUGUCACCCGGACGCACGCAUCUUCCUCUGCUCGCUGUUCGCGCCCAUCUGCCUGGACAGGUUUGUGUCUCCAUGUCGGAGCCUGUGUGAGUCGGUGCGGGACAGCUGUGCUCCCAUCAUGGCUUGCUAUGGCUACCCCUGGCCGGACAUCCUUCACUGCGACCAGUUCCCUGACGAUCACCUCAUGUGUAUCUCCUCCGUCACCAACACCAGCGCCACCAUAGGGGCGCGCACCCAAGUGGUGCCCCGGGCAAGCUGUCGAGAUUGUGAACUGGAGGAGGCCCCGUCUGCCAAAGUCCUUCUGGAGACCUUCUGCCGGAGUGACUUCGUGGUGAAACUGAGGCUUACGCGGCUCACGUCCAGCCCGCUGACUCUGGCCCAGUUCUCCCUGGCCUCUCGUCUACAGGCCCUGAAGCACGGCCCCCUCCUGGGAGGGCAGAUCCGGUCCCGCCUGCAGCUGUGGCUGGACAGAGACGCCACGUGCGUACGGAACAUGACCCGACGCCACCCGCAAGGCGGGUCCUUUCUGGUGACGGGCACUGUGCAGGGGGACCGGCUGGUGAUCCACAAAGCCUUCGCGUGGAGCAAACGGGACCGGAAUCUGAUGGCUGCAGCCCGCAAGUGGAAACAGCACCGAUGUAGAGGCUAGCAGGCACCAGAGACGGAGGAGCUGGAAGUUGAAUUAGAUCUGAGAUGGGCAUAAGCCCAGCUACUGCUUAGCUGUACCUGUACCAACUCUGGAUUCAGUGAUAGACUUAGGGAAAUAUAAUCAUGUCCUUGGAUAGCUGGAUGGAUGUUUCAAGAGAGGAUGCUGGUGAGGGGAGGACGCUCUGCGUUCCCAAAUGUACAUAUCUAUAAAUUAUAAGUAAAAUAUCACCGAUCUAUAUUUCUAAAA